GCGCAGCGCCGGGCCGCGGCGGGGGUCGGGGCUGCCGGGACAUGAGCGCCGUGCUCCCCGCCGCGCCGCCUGCCCCGCGCCGCCGCCGCCGCCGCCGCCGCCGCCGCCGCUAGCAUCGCCCCGGGGAAACCGGGGAGGGUGGGGGGGGGUGGGGGGGGGACGCGGGGAGGCGUCGCGGCGGGGAGGGGGUAGGGGGCUUGCGAGAGGCCCGGCCCGGGGAUGUGAAUGGCGCUGGGUGUGCUCGGCGGGACCGACAUGGAGUGGGAGAAGCUGCCGCGGCGGCCCGGGGAAGGCGAAGGGGAGGCGGCCGGGCCCUGGCCGGGCUGCGGGCGGCUGCGGCCCUCCUCGUACCGGGCGCUGCGCAGCGCCGUCUCCACCCUGGCCCGCAUCGACGACUUCUACUGCGAGAAGAUAGGGGCCGGCUUCUUCUCCGAGGUUUUCAAGGUGCGGCACCGCCAGUCAGGGCAGAUCAUGGUGCUGAAAAUGAACAAGCUGACCAGCAACCGGGGCAACAUGCUGCGGGAGGUGCAGCUGAUGAACCGCCUCUCGCAUCCCAACAUCCUCAGGUUCAUGGGGGUAUGUGUGCACCAGGGACAGCUGCAUGCGCUGACAGAGUACAUCAAUGGUGGGAACCUGGAGCAGCUGCUGGACAGCCCUGUGCCUCUCUCCUGGUCCAUGCGUGUCAAGCUGGCCCUCGACAUCGCCCGUGGCCUGCGCUACCUGCACUCCAAGGGCAUCUUCCACCGCGACCUCACCUCCAAGAACUGCCUGGUGCGCUGCGAGGCCAUCGGCUACACAGCUGUAGUAGGUGACUUUGGCUUGGCGGAGAAGAUCCCCACCUACAGCGAGGGCAGCGAGAAGGAGCCACUGGCCGUGGUGGGCUCCCCAUACUGGAUGGCGCCCGAGGUGCUGCGAGGGGAGAUCUACAAUGAGAAGGCUGAUGUGUUCGCGUAUGGCAUCAUCCUGUGCGAGAUCAUCGCUCGCAUCCCUGCUGACCCUGACUACCUGCCCCGCACUGAGGAUUUUGGCCUGGACAUUGCCACUUUCCGCACCAUGGUGGAAAUUGACUGCCCGACAACCUUCCUCCAGCUCGCUUUCCACUGCUGCAGUAUGGAGCCCACCUCCCGCCCCUCGUUCCUGGAAAUCACGCAGUGCCUGGAGGGUGUCCUGCAGCACCAUCCGGGUCCUGAGGGGACUGGGGCCAUCCUCUUCGGUGUCGGGGAGAGCCUGCCCACGCCUGGGACGGCGGCCACGCUCAACGGGGUAGCCGGGAGGGCGACUGGCCGCGCUGAGCAGUCGCCCCUGCGCGAGUUGGGGACCCAGCACCUGCAGCCGGACCAGCGCCUGUCCCGCAGCCAGUCCGACAUGUUCCCCCCUAAAUCGCCCGCCCUGCUGCGGCCACCAGAGCCUCAUGGCGGAGCCAGGACCAAGGAGGCCUCCCCCCGCGUCAACCCCUUCUCCCAGCGCGAGGACCUGAAGGGGGGCAAGAUCAAGCUCUUUGACACGCCGAGCAAGUCGGUCAUCUCGCUCACCUUCGACCUGCCGCCCCCCGCCCCCCUCCAGCUCAGCACCCCCGUGACACCCGAGCCCACCGUGGAGGUGCAGUGUGACUUCUCGGCCCCCACAGCCACACCCCGCAAGUGCCACUCGCUGCCCGCCUCCCCCGAGCUGCCCCACCGGGGGGGCCUGGCGCUGGGUGUGGGGUCCCCCCAUCCCGAAGACGACCCCCAGCCCCCUGCCCUCCUCCCGCCCCCGGUUUGGGGACGAGCCUCCCCUUCCAGCCCCAGGGCAGAGGAGCAGAUGGACUGCGUCCUCGACAGCCCCGAGCCGCUACAGCCCCCACCACCACCCCCCAACAGCAACUUCAUCCGCACGGCAUCGUCUGGUGCCCGACCCUGGCAGCCGGAGCCCCGAGCCCCCAACGGGCUCCUCUUCAACAACAACCAUGUGGUGGUCAGCAAACCCCUGUCUUGGGACAGCGGGCUGGAGCACAGCUUCUCCGAGCUAAGCAUCCCCUGUGAGAUGGCGCUGGAGCGGACGGAGCGCACAGCCAUGCUGCCCGGGCACAGCUCCGUCACUGUGCUGGAGCAGGACGAGGUGCUGCCCUGCCCCAGCUGCUGCCUGGGUCCCUUCAGCUUCACCUCCCUCUGCCGCCGGCCGGCACCCAGCCCGCCCCGCUACCAGAACCUCAACUGUGAGGCCAAGAGCUUCUGCCACGACCGCGGCGACCACCAGAAAGCCUUGGGGCCGGUGCUGGCAGAGCCCAGCCUGAAGCUGCCGGAGGCGCAGUCCUAGUGCCGGGGAUCCCUGGGGAGCAGGGCUGCGUCCGGCCGCCUCUCGGACCCCCUGCCCACAGAAGCAGGAGCCCGGUACAUCCCUGUGGUCUGUCCUCACUCCGGUGGCUGCAGUGGCUGCCAUGGCACUGCCCAGGCGCCUGAGUGCUCAUCCCACUGGGAUUAGCCUCAAGGGGUCUGUGGGGAGCCCCCAGGGUGGGCUGGGUCCCUGCUGGGGACUGAAGUGCAAUAACACCCCUGCCCUGCGCACGCUCCAGCGCUGCGCCAAGCGGCAGGGCUGCUCCCCCGUGGGACCCCCUGGGCUCAAACCUUGGGUGCAGGACCCCCCUUUGCGGGCUCUCACAGGGGGGUGUGCAAUGACCCUGCUCCCCCAGGAGAACUGGGAGCCCCCCCGUGGCCCCCCAGGCCAGGGGAUGAGCAGGUUUGGGCUGGGGGCAGAGGGGUCAGUGUGUGUCUAUGUGUGUUUUGGGGAUACUGUGGGGCUGGUGGGUGUCCCUGUGCUUCCUCACAAGCUUGGGGAGCGGAGUCGGUCCCUCCCUGGGCUGGGAGAGGGGCGAUGCCCAUGGGGAAGUGCACAAGAGAGGAUUGAUUAGCCAGCGCUGGGGUUGCCCUUGCCCACCCGCUGCCAAGGGCUGGUUGCUGAGCUGGCACGGCGCCUUGCGUCCCCCCGGCACACAGGGGCAGGAGCAGGGUGCCAUUCUGGCACCGGCGGCGGGUGAAGGGGCUAAUGGGGAUUGUGGCCAGGCUGCCUGGCCUCUGGCAAGGGUGGGAGCCGGCUUUCCUCCCUCCCGCACAAUGCACUGGUGAAUGCCGAACUCUUGUGUUUUUUAUUAUUAAUAAUAAUUGCUAGUAAUAUAUACCCGGCUUAUUUAAAGUGUUCAAUAAAAUUUGAAUGUCUUAGCGA